AUGCAGCGAAUCGGAUACAACGUCCAUGAUCGCCGGAGCAGCGAGGAGGAAAUUCGUGGAGAUCCUGCAGACGGACAUCAUCACGAUCACCACAAUCACCACCAUCAUGUCCAUCACCAGGGCAAUCGUCAUCCGGAGUCUGAUCACAAGGCCUCACAUGACAAGCAGCUGGCUAUACCAGAAAACAAGUCAAAGAUUAAGGAUAUGGACUAUGAGGACGAUGACGAAGAUGAGGACGAUGACGAUGAGUUGGGUGGCGGAAACCACGAGGAAGAGGACGGCUUCAACUUUGAGGCCGACUUGCUGAAUAACACCAAGUUCGCCGAGGCGGACUUUGUGUUCUUCAAUCGCGUCCCCAAGGUGGGAAGUCAGUCGCUGAUGGAACUGAUGGCCCGAUUGGGAAAAAUCAAUGGAUUUACCCAUGCCCGGAACAAGGGCAGUGCCCACGAAACCAUUGUGAUGAACAAGCAGCGGCAGAACGACCUUGUUGGGGAUCUCUUGACCCGCCAAAAGCCACACAUCUACAGCCAGCAUAUAGCCUACAUCAACUUUACUCGAUUCCAUCUGCCGAAGCCCAUCUACAUAAACUUGAUCCGCGAUCCCAUCGACAGGAUUAUCAGCUGGCAUUACUACAUCCGAGCUCGGUGGUAUUACCGGGAUAUGAAGGCCAAGCUGGGUGAUCAGGCGCCGCCAAUGCCCUCGGAUGAGUUCCUGAACCUGGAUCUGGACACCUGUGUACGCAACCACGAUCCCCACUGCACAUUCAACCAGGGGGAGAUCAAGAACGCAGUGGGAGAUCAUCGCCGACAGACGCUAUUUUUCUGUGGAAUGAAUCAAAAAGUGUGCAUGCCUUUCAACUCAAAGGUGGCCAUGCAGAAAGCUAAAAGAACCGUGGAGACUGAAUACGCUGUGGUGGGCACCUGGGAGGACACCAAUAUCACACUUUCCGUCUUGGAGGCCUAUAUUCCUCGAUUUUUCCGCAACGCCAAAGUGGCCUACUACCUGGGAAAGGAUCGUCUUUCGCGGGUUAAUCGCAAUAAUGUCACACGUAUUGUUAGUGACGAAACCCGAACCAUUCUCAGAAAGAAUCUGACCAAUGAAAUCGAGUUUUAUGAUUUCUGCAAACAGCGCUUAUACCUGCAAUAUGCUGCCCUAAGUCAUGGGAAGAAGUUCGGGGAGGAUGACUACCUGCUGGUACCCGAACAGCACAACAACUCUGACGAGGAGUAUUAAUAGGAAAUAGUUUCAAAAACAACUAACAAAUCUAGAGUUAAGCUAGCAACAAAUGUACUCAGGACUGUUUAUCCCUCAACAGAAAUAAACGGAUUAUAUUCUUAAAAAUGAUAAACCAUAAUACCCAUAAAACUUUAAGUCGAUUUGCUUUUUGUGUGAUUACCUUUCCCCAAAUCCCCAGUAUUCGAAUGCUUUCUGUGUACCUCGUAUCUCGCCUGGAGCUUUCUGUGUAUCUUCAUCCGUGUUGUAGUAUCUGUGGCUCGAUAUCUUUUCUACAACUGUCC